AUGGAUCAUGCUACCAAUGCCCAGACUAACCGGCCAGAAGUUGCCAAUCCAGAGUCUACAAAUCCGGAGCCUGUCCAUUCAGACCCCGAGAAUGAUGUAUCUCCGCGACCAAUCGGUGCUACAACGCAGACGUUAGAAGCCGCUGAGGCGCCGCAGAACACGAUGGCUCCAAUCCCUGUUGAAGAUUUCAGUAGUGAUGGCAGCGAAUUUGAAUCUGAUGUCUCCGAUCUCACCUCUUUGUCCUCGAGUGUUUUGGAGUACGAAUAUGAGAAUGGCCGGCGAUACCACAGUAACCGACACGUAAGUUUUUCGAGCCCUGUGCUAAUAGGUCAUAGUAUGCCAAACGACGAAGAGGAACAAGACCGCUUGGAUUUGGUAUGGCCCUUGUUCUUCCUGACUGCCUCGGACAAUGAGACCCUCCUAGCGGUUACUUCACUGAUAGAAUUCUUCAGUUGGCUUUUGUUACUAAAGGGAGAGCUUUUCAAAGCGCCCGUCAAGAACCCGCAAAAAAUCCUGGACCUAGGUACCGGCACAGGAAUAUGGGCGAUCGAAUGUGCAGAACAAUUCCCCCAAGCGCACAUUAUUGGAAAUGACAUAAGCGCUAUCCAACCAAGCUGGGUUUGCCCAAACCUGGAAUUCAUCGUGGAAGAUUAUGAAGCCGAAUGGCUUUACAAAGCCGAAAGCUUCGACUUUAUUCAUGCGCGACUUUUAUCAGGAUGUGUCGCAGACUGGCACCAGCUCUUCCGGCGUUGCUACGACGCUCUCAAGCCGGGUACCUACUUUGAAGUCCAAGAAAGCGCCGUCUGGGCAUAUAGCGAUGACGGCACUUGUCCAGAUGAUUCUCCUCUCAUCCAGUACUUGUCAGCGAUUGUAUCGGCCUCGAGAGCGAUCAGGAAGCCGUACGACGUCCAUACCUAUCUAAAAGACUGGCUCAUAGAGGCCGGGUUCGAGGACGUCACACAGCUUACUUACUUCCUGCCAUACUCCCCAUGGCCGAAAGAUCCUCAUCUCAAAGAACUCGGAAAGUAUCAGAACGUGAUGGUUCAGCAGGCUGUCGAGGCUUAUGGACUCAGGUUGUGUACCCAGGUUUUGGGCUGGGGUGUGGAUGUAUCGAAGAUCUUCCAAGCUCAAGUGAACAGGCAGCUUCGGGACAAGAGCAUGCAUGCCUAUGUAAAAGAGAUUGUGGUGUACGGAAGGAAGCCUUUCAGAUAA